GUUUAUUUCAGCUAAAGAUGGUGCAGAGGAAAAAAUCUGCUCUGCAGGUGGUGUCCUUUAAAAGCUUCUGCAUUCUUUCACUCCUAGCAAAAUGGCUUUUAAAAACCGAUGACUUGUGAAUCUGUGCACAUAGCUGACAUUACAAGGAUACUGUACAAAAGGCCACAUGCAUUCCAACGGACAUCUCUUGUGAAAGGGAGAUUCUAUGCUUUCAAAUGAAAAGAACAUCCUAAAAACACUGAUCCUUAACUGGAACAAGUAUUAAAGGGACCGCAUCAGAAUGUUUAUUAGUGCCAGGAAAGUCAGAAAAUGCCAAUUUGUGCAGAUACUUGCCACUUGCUUUGUACUGUCUCUCAUGAUUUUCUGGACACCACUUGAUAAUCAUAUUGUGAGCCAUAUGAAGUCCUAUUCUUACAGAUACCUCAUAAAUAGCUACAACUUUGUGAAUGAUAGCCUGUCCCUUAGCAGGGAAAACCUGGACAGGGUAGCAAGAUACCGAUAUUUGAUCAACCACAAGGAAAAAUGUCAACAGCAAGAGGUCCUCCUUCUAUUGUUUGUAAAGACUUCUCCAGAAAACCGGCAUCGGCGAGAUGCAAUUCGACAAACCUGGGGUAAUGAAAAAUAUGUAUAUUCUCAUCUUAAUGCCAACAUUAAAACUGUUUUUGCUUUAGGACGACCAACAGAUCAUAUGCAGAGAGCACAGAUGCAAAGAAAACUUCUAAUGGAAGACCAGAAAUAUAAUGAUUUGAUCCAACAAGACUUCUUGGAUACUUUUCACAAUCUCACCCUUAAAUUACUUUUGCAGUUUGGAUGGGUGAAUGCAUACUGCCCACAUGCCAAGUUCAUUAUGUCUGCAGAUGAUGAUAUUUUUAUUCACAUGCCAAAUCUUGUUGCAUAUCUCCAAAGUCUAGUGGAAAUUGGCGCUCAAGAUAUCUGGAUUGGGCGUGUCCAUCGUGGAGCUCCUCCCGUGAGAGAUAAGACUAGCAAAUACUACGUUCCAUAUGAAAUGUACCAGUGGCCUUCUUAUCCUGACUACACAGCUGGAGCCGCAUAUGUAAUAUCAAGUGAUGUAGCAGCUAAAGUAUAUGAGGCUUCACAGACCCUUAAUACAAGUCUUUAUAUAGAUGAUGUUUUCAUGGGUCUCUGUGCCAAUAAAAUGGGAAUUGUACCACAAUAUCAUGUAUUCUUUUCUGGGGAAGGAAAGGCUCCAUAUCAUCCCUGCAUCUAUAACAAAAUGAUAACCUCUCAUGGACAUGUAGAAGACCUUCAUCACCUUUGGAAGCAGGCAACAGAUCCAAAAGUCAAAAGCUUUUCCUCUAGAUUUUUGGGUAGACUAUAUUGCAAAAUAAUUAACAUUAUGCUUCUUUGCAAACUACACUAUGAGGACACAUAUCCCUGUUCAGCUGCAUUUUCCUAA